AUGGCAGAAUUUGAUACGUUGUUUGGGACAUCAGUCCAGGAGGCAGUAAAUGCUUCUAUUGGUCGGAAAAUGCCACUUUUGGUAUUAUUAUCUAGAGGAGACGAAAGAUCAGAGAAAUUUAUAAAGAAAGUAUCAUCCGAAGAGGUUGUAAAUAAAAUAAGGCUGAGUUAUGUUCCAUUACUAUUGAUUGAAGACACAGAGGAAAUAGAGCACUUUAAAGCAAUUUUCAAGCAGCUUGUUUUACCCAGCAUCUAUAUCGUAAGCAACGGUCAGCUACUUGAUAUAGUUCAUGAAACUGCCACUGAGCAAGAGAUUGCAACAAAACUCGAGCAUGCUCUGGAAGCAUUGAAGACCACACCGAGCUCUAUUUCCACUCGUGCAGCGUCUGUUGAACUGCAAGGCGCAAACUUGGAGCUGUUGGAGAGCCAAAAUUUGAUAGAUUCUCAAAAUGCACGUCGUGGAGAAUCCGUAAGCAGACAUAAGAAACAGGUGGAAGCGUAUAAAAAAGAACAAAUUGCUGAAAGAAAGAGGUUGAGGUCUCUAUUGGAGGCCGAUAAAAGGGAGAGAGAAGCUACAAGUAACAAGCAUAACUUGUCCCCGCGAACUGCUUUUCAAGAAAGCAAAGUAAGAGGUAAGUCAUCACACAAUUCAGAUUCAUGUAUCCUAAGUAUCAAACUACUUGAUGGAAUAUCUUUGGUACAUGAAUUCAAAGCUAGCGAUACUUUAUAUUCGGUUAGAAAUUGGCUCGACCAAGAGACAAAUGGGGAGGUUCUUCCGAGCUCCCCAUCUUUACCUUCUUUCGCCAGGUCAUUGAAUCCGCAACCUGUUCGUUAUGUUUUCCAUUGCCCUGUAUUACCAAGAAAAACAUUUUCUGAGGAUGAAGAACGAUUGAAUUUAUCUGAAUUAGAUUUAAGACCUCGUUCGGCGCUAAUACUAAAACCAAUUUACGAGAUGGAAUCCUCAGAUGUCAAUGAGAAUGGAAGGGGAACCUUUUCAAGCUCAUUCAAAUACAUUGGAAGUUCUGUGGGGAGACUAGCAAAUGCAUUAUAUUCAUUCUUCGACUAUGGCGUUGACGAUAUCCAACGUAGCCUUGAGGAGGAUGACCGUGAAAGCAUUUCUAGCUUACGAGUUGAAUCUGAAGUCCCUGAAGUUGUUUCCACUAGUGGAAAUGGAAGAGAGGUUCCACCUCCCCCGGGAUCUUUGGUAAUAGACACGAGGAGACAAGCAUCGUCAUCUUUGAUUAAUAUACAUCAAGAUGUACAAGAGGUUCCUGACUUGAGCUCUCUGGAUUCUGCAUCACUAAAUGAGCCAAAUAAUAGAAGUAGGGCAUCAACUCCUAAUCCAAUACGACGCAUGCAGAAUUUAAGCAAGACUCAGAUAAUGCAGGAUGAAGCACGAGAAAAUAAUUGCCAAAAGUCCAAUGAACAAAAAGAAGAAGAGCUUGAUUCUCACAACUUAAAGUUCGGAGAAAAGAAAGAAGAAGAAUGA